GGGUUGCAUCGCCGUGGCUUUCUUGUUCGAUAACCGAGUAGGGAGCGAGAGGGGAGAGACAAAGCAACUAGCGAUGGUGUCGUUGAAGCUGCAGAAGCGGCUUGCCUCGAGCGUGCUCAAGUGCGGCAAGGGAAAGGUCUGGCUCGACCCUAAUGAGGUCAGCGAUAUAUCAAUGGCCAACUCCAGGCAAAACAUUAGAAAGCUGGUGAAGGAUGGUUUCAUAAUCAAGAAGCCAACCAAGAUCCAUUCUCGAUCUCGUGCGCGUAGAAUGAAGGAGGCCAAGAGAAAGGGUCGACACUCAGGAUAUGGUAAACGAAAGGGUACAAGGGAGGCCAGGCUGCCAACAAAGAUCCUUUGGAUGAGGAGAAUGCGUGUGCUUAGGCGCUUGCUUCGCAAGUACAGAGAAAGCAAAAAAAUUGAUAGGCACAUGUAUCAUGACAUGUACAUGAAGGUGAAAGGUAAUGUCUUCAAGAACAAGCGUGUGCUGAUGGAAAGUAUCCACAAAUCGAAGGCUGAGAAAGCGAGAGAGAAGACUCUGUCAGACCAAUUUGAGGCCAAGCGUGCUAAGAACAAGGCUAGUAGGGAGAGAAAGUUGGCAAGGAGGGAGGAGCGAUUUCAACAGGGGCUUGGAGCUGCACCUGCAUCGACACCUCAACAGGCUGAAGGAGCCAAGAAAGCCAAAAAGUGAAUUGAAUCUCAGCUGGGAUAGACUGAAGAUAUGUUACUAGAGAUGCGUAAAUGCCCUUUGUUUUCUUCAUUAUUCCAUUCCCAAAACACUUGUUUUUAAUUUUAUGGAAAACAUUUUAUUUAUGGACAUGCUACAUUUUGGAACUCGAGCUGUUGUUUUGAUUCCUUGUACUUGUAUGUUAUAUGAUAUGUUUUUUUUUUUGAA